ACGCCAACACACACACACACACACACACACCAGAUCGCCGGAGCUGCGGAGCAGAAUGGAAAGAGUGUGUGAGCAGCGUGGAUGUAUGGAGUGAAGGAAGGAUGCUCCAGCUCUGUAAAGGACGUUAUCUUUUAUUUAUUUAAUUAAUUCCUUAUUGUUUGUCAUAAACAAACAGAAAUCCGCCGCCACUCUAAAAGGGUGAUAUAAUAAUAAUAACAACACAAUAACAACAACAACAACUAUAAUAAUAAUGGCCAAGCCGCCUGGGAAUGAAGACGGAGCAAUAACGUUAAUCUCCUCCAUUGACGGAGGCACCGAAGUGGACUCUGGGGAUGGAGAAGACCUGUGUCUGGAGGAAAUUUUAUCCCUUUACGCUCAGCCCAUAAAUGAGGAACAAGCGUGGGCAGUGUGUUAUCAGUGUUGCCAGUUUUUCAGCCAGUUUAAACGCAGGAGACGGAAUUCCCAAUCCCAACCCGGUGUGGAUGUAGCCAAGAAGAUUGAAGGACCAGGCGAUGUGCGGAUCUGUAAAGACGGGACUAUUAGAGUACAGCAGAUAAACCCCUCAGAUAAAUACACACAGCAUAAUUCCUCCUCUGAGGUGAUCGAGUCUCUGGGCAUUAUGAUUUACAAAGCUCUGGACUAUGGGCUGAAGGAAAACGAAGAGCGUGAGCUCAGUCCUCCCCUCGAGCAGCUCAUCGACCUCAUGACCAACAUGUCGAUCACAGAGGUAGACGCCUGCUCCGACGAGGGCUACGAAGCCACCGAGGAGGAAGAUGAAGGAGAGGAAGAGCAGACUGAGGUCUUGGGUGUGCGAGGCUACAGAGACAUCAUCACGCUGUGCAAAUCCCACCUCCCGACUUCAUCCGAUGCUUCCAGUCACUACCAGGCCGUGUGCCGAGCGCUGUACGCCGAGACCAAGGAGCUCCGGACCUUCCUGGAAAAGAUCAGGAAUGCCAAAGAGAAUUUGCGACGCAUGGAGGGACAGACUCCUGAGGAACCUGUCAGAGACCUGAACGAGCUGCAGAAUGACGACUGGGCUCGGUUCUGGGUUCAAGUGAUGAGGGACCUGAGAAAUGGUGUGAAGCUGAAGAAGGUGCAAGAGCGACAAUACAACCCACUGCCCAUCGAGUACCAGCUCACUCCCUAUGAAAUGCUCAUGGAUGACAUCCGCUCCAAGCGCUACAAGCUCCGCAAAGUCAUGGUGAAUGGGGACAUUCCUCCAAGGUUAAAGAAGAGUGCUCAUGAGGUCAUCCUGGAGUUUAUACGCUCCAGACCUCCGCUGAAUCCAGUUGCUGCCCGUAAACUGAAGCCUAAUCCACCAAGACCCCCGAGCCUCCAUGAACGAAUCCUGGAGGAGAUCAAAUCCGAGAGGAAGCUGAGGCCUGUUUCUCCCGACAUGAUCCGCAGGAACCGGCUGGGCGCAGGCAAAAGCAUCAGCACUCCCCAGGACUUGUUCCGAUGUUCAGACAAGCAUGGAUCACCCAGGAAGAAGAUCGCGGUCAGUACGCUGGCACUGGCCGAUGACACGCCACUGUCUUCGAACCCUGUCAACGGAGCACAACCACUCUCACAAAGGAAAAAAUUGCUCAAGGCGCCAACACUGGCUGAGCUAGAAAGCUCCGACUCUGACUCUGAAGAGGAGUCUAGCACACACAAAUCGAUCAGCAGCUCCAGCAUAUCCACUUCUGUGAUCGACGACACAUCUCCAGAUUCUGUCAAAGGCAAAAGGAUUCCUCCCAAGUUCCUCCCCAUUUCGUCUACACCUCAGCCCGAGCGCCACAUGGCUGCCCGGCGGAGGCACUCCAUUGAGAAGGAAACCCCGACCAGCAUCCGUCAGUUCAUGCCUCCCUCUCGCCAGAACUCCAGAUCUCUGCCACCAGUGGAAAAGAAGGAGGAAUUUUGCUACCCUGUGGAGUGUCUGAGUCUCACCGUAGAGGAAGCCAUGCAUAUCAGACAGGUUCUGGUCAAAGCUGAGCUUGAGAAGUUUCAGCAGUACAAAGACAUAUACAAUGCUCUGAAGAAAGGAAAGCUUUGCUUUUCUUGUCGCACAAAGAAGUUCUCUAUUUUCACCUGGUCCUACACCUGUCAGUUCUGCAAGAGACCUGUGUGUUCCCAGUGCUGUAAAAAGAUGAAGCUGCCCUCCAAGCCUCAUGCCCAUUUGCCCGUUUACGCUCUCGGACCUGCUACCCUGCCUAAGAAGGAUGCUGGAGUCACAUCCCAAGUGGAGAAGACCUCAUCCAUCCAGCGCAACAGCCUGAAACCCUCCACAUCCAGGCUGUCCAGGCACGGGGAGUACACCACCUCUAGAGAUGAAGUGGAGUUGCCAAAGGAACUGACGGAGGACUGGAGCACCAUGGACGUGUGCCUGGACUGCAAGAAUUUCAUCAACGAUGUCAUCAGCUCCAGCAAGCGCAGCUUAUCCAUGGCUAGCACUCGAUCCCGUAUAAAGCGGUCCCGUAUGACCCAGUCUUUCUACAUGUCUCCUUCCAGAUCCCGCGAUUUUCGUCCAACGGAACGGACUAUCAAAGAAGUAUAGGAGGAAGCUCUGCCUUUGCGGUGUCCAUGUUAGACGAUAUUUUUCACUUAACAAAAUGGUGGAGUCUCUGUGGCCUGGUGUCAUUUAUUCAUCCUGUUUAGACUUGGAGAAUGAUUCACUGUGUCCAAGGUGUUUCCCAGGUGUUAAAAUGGGUCUUGUGUCUGACUAUGGUCAAAACAAUAUUUAAGUAAUGUCUGUAGUUGGCUGGAAGAAUGAGCUCCCGUGCUUUCCCUCUGUCCUGUAACGUCAUCCUAAGGCCCUGGGGGAUCAUUAUUCCACCCUUGUGUGAGUGAAUGUCUUAGGCCUUCCUAAUGGUUUGGCCCGCCUAUCCAAUUCAUGCUGUCUGUUAGAGUCUGAUAUAGCAUGGAGAAUGUCUUCCACAUUCAGGAUGAGGACUAGAUGGUGUGAUAGCUACUGUAUUACCAAAUCAAAAGGAAUUGAAUCACAAGAUUUAGAGUUCCUGUACCAGAUGUGGCUAAAAGAAUGAACUUCUGUCCUUCCUUAACCGCACCAGCCCUGCCCCCCCCCGUCUCAGGAAAAAGGAAAAUGUGAAGUUAAACUAUGGAAAUGUAGUUUACCAAAGGCUUCAUAGCCCCUUUUUACCAGCUUUUUUUUCAUAUUCCAGAUGUGCAUGGAGAAAAGGUACAGAAUGAGACCUGAAUGUAUAUUUUUAUUCGAGAAAGGACCAUACAGUUGUAUGUAAAUAGUAUGCUGAAGGAUCAGCCCAGACGUGUAAAUAAUGUUUAUUUCCCUGACUCAGGAAUAAAUGAAGUAGACAGACAAGGCAGAUAAGACCAGUUCCUCGGGAGUCUGCCCUCCUUUGCCCAUUUAUCGACCAAAUGCUUUCUGCUCAUUUGGUGUUUGUUUAAACUGCUGCUUUGUUAGUCGAAAGGUUUGAUAACUGCAAAAGAUCUUUCAGGAUAUAUAUUUUUUACUUUGGUUUAAUUAUGGUGUUUAAGACUUUAGUAGCAAAUUCAUUUCCCAGCCUCAGCUUCUUAACAAUUUGUUUUAGGGAUUUGAAUGAAGCGUCAUAAAGAAGAGCUUGCUUGUGCCAAAUUAACUCUCUACAAUCUGAACUUUUUCUGUUUGGACCUUUUUGGACCUGCUGUACAUAGUAAAUAUCAUACGCUGAAGCCGUGUUCAUGCAACCAGAGAUACAGUUAACAGCCUGAUCUAUUUAAUAUAUUAUCUCGUAAUCUCUCGUAAGUUUAUGUUGAUAUAGUUUAAAAAAUAAUAUAAUUAUUGUCAUUAUUUUCAUGGUCAAAUAAUUUUGCUAUGUUUUCACAGAAUGCACUUUCACCUGAGAGCAGAUGCUGAGUUUGUUGUAUUGAUGUUUUGUUUGAUUUUUGUCUCUCUCUCUCUUUUUCUUUUCUUAUUUAAACCUUACCAGUGCCAUGUUAUUUUCCGUAACUCCUUCAGUCCCUCGUCUUGUUUUGAAGCUGUUCAGUCAGGCGUGAGCAGUGGGCCUUUUGGUAUUUUCCUUUCCCUUUCUUCCCUCAAUCAUGCAUGCAGAGCAAAAAUCACAUGUUCUGUUCAGACAGUUCAGAUUGUCGGUUCACUCACUGUAUUGCUUCUCUGUAAAAGAUAAACAAUGUGCAUGUAAAAACUACGGUCCUGAUUUUAUUAUUAUUAUUUUUUAAACGAAGCAAUUGAUAAUAAACAUAUUUCAUGUAGCAAUUUGGGGAUUUUUUAAAUGUAUUUAAUUAUUAUUAUUAUUAUUAUUAUUAUUUUAUUUUUAAAUUUUUUGGGAGGAUGGACUUCCUCUUCUGUAUGUGGGUAUGCUACUGGCAGAAAUUAGGAGCACAACAAUUUAGUCAGUGAGUCGCAUCAAUUAAAAUGACAUGUCUGCUUUAAAA